CUCAGAGGAAGGUGGCUGUUGAGAGCGGCAAUAAUCCAGAAUGGCUACUCUGAUCUAUGUUGAUAAGGAAAAUGGAGAAACAGGCACCCGUGUGGCUGCUAAGGAUGGGCUGAAGCUGGGGUCUGGACCUUGUAAGUAUGCAAGACUGCAGUCAGAUACACUCAUAUUGUGGACGUGGCCUGGAGCUGGACGAGACAAUUUAGUGUACUUUGUGGGCAAUCAGAGUCAAGUUUGUUAUUGGUCCUUUUUCAUUUUCAAUAUCUUAAUGAGAUGAUUUAAGAGUACUGAAUCUCAGCUAUUAGAUGUAUCAUAGUCAUGCCACUACCAAGAAUGGGGGUUGGGUUUGGGGGUGAGAGGUCAAGUUUAUAUACACAGUAUUCAAAUUGCACAGGUAUUUUGCUGCUGGAAUAUUCUUACAGUAAGACUUUUUCUUCAGCAGUCAAAGCUUUAAAUGGGAGAUCUCAACUUUCAACACCACGUUUUGGCAAAACGUUUGAUGCUCCACCAGCCUUACCUAAAGCUACUAGAAAGGCUUUGGGAACUGUUAACAGAGCUACAGAAAAGUCAGUAAAGACCAAUGGACCCCUCAAUCAAAAACAGCCAAGCUUUUCUGCCAAAAAGAUGACUGGGAAGACUGUUAAAGCAAAAAGCUCUGUUCCUGUCUCAGAUGAUGCCUAUCCAGAAAUAGAAAAAAUUUUUCCCUUCAAUCCUCUAGACUUUGAGAGUUUUGACCUGCCUGAAGAGCACCAGAUUGCACACCUACCCUUGAGUGGAGUGCCUCUUAUGAUCCUUGACGAGGAGAGAGAACUUGAAAAGCUGUUUCAGCUGGGCCCUCCUUCACCUGUGAAGAUGCCCUCUCCACCAUGGGAAUCCAAUCUGUUGCAGUCUCCUUCAAGCAUUCUGUCGACCCUGGAUGUUGAAUUGCCUCCUGUUUGCUGUGACAUAGAUAUUUAAAUUUCUUAGUGCUUUAGAGUUUGUAUUUGUAUUAAUAAAGCAUGCUUUAACAGA